UCAUAAUUUGUCCUUUCCUGUCAUCUUGCUGGCUUUACAAUCUAGCUCAGUGAAGUUAGAACACCGGGAAUAUAGAGUAUCCUGUUUUUAGCCCAUAGCUCUGAGAUAUUAGUGAAGGUUUCCUAUGAUGUCCAAGUCCAUCACCGAUGGUAGUUUAAAGCAAGAAGAUUUUUUUAAGACGUCACCAACUGAAUCGUUUAAAAAAAAGAGAUGGGGACUUGUUGUCACUGGUGUAGUGGGUGGGAGUUUAGUGGCACUGUACGCCAUAGCAACUCCAUUUGUAGUACCUGCACUAAGAAAAGUAUGUCUGCCUUUUGUGCCUGCAACAACAACUCAGGUUGAAAAUGUUUUAAAAAUGCUUCAGUCUAGAACUGGACGUGUGGUUGACAUUGGGAGCGGCGAUGGACGUAUUGUCAUAGCUGCUGCAAAAAAAGGCUUCCAGGCUGUUGGAUAUGAGUUAAAUCCGUGGCUAGUUUGGUACUCUCGAUAUCGGGCAUGGAGAGAAGGUGUACACCACAAUGCUAAAUUUUAUAUUUCUGAUUUAUGGAAGGUCAGUUUUUCUCAGUAUUCAAAUGUUGUGAUUUUCGGUGUGCCACAGAUGACUAAUGACCUCAAAUGCACUGAGGUAAUGAAUGGAAAAUAUUUGCCAAUACAGAUUAUUGCAUUGGAUGCAAGCGUCCACCAGAGGGCAGUAGAAUAA